CAAGCAACUAGCUCUUUUCAUUUAUAUAUCAGCACGAUGGGAAAAACGCUCGUUAAGCUAGUCACUUUUUUACAAUGUGUUUUUCUCGUUAUGCGCCUUAGUAGUUGAGCGAAUUUUGACGAGUUUCACUAUUUUUCUGAACAUGAGUAAAGCUCACAUGCUUUGUGUAAACACAUAGGUCCGAGGAAAGAACGGAACAUUGAUAUUCGUUCCGUCCUCAUUGCACAAAUAGACUGAUCUCCAUGCCAUUCCGACUAGUCGGAUCCGGAUAUUCGUUCACCUUCGAUUACAUAACCAAAAUACUACUCAGGAGACAUCAACCUGAUAGUGUUGAGAAAACUAAUCAUUUCGAUGGUUUGAUAACUUAACUGCUGUCUCCUCCCACAACAUAAUUGAUUGCCAAUCAUUGAGUAAAAGAGUGAUUUCAUUCUAUGUUUGUAAAGAACUUUCUCCCUCCCGAUAAACAAUGGAAGAAACGAAAAUGCACCAGCUUUGCUGAGUAAUGAUUUACUGUAAAUAGCUGCAUUAUAUUUUCAAUUACAUACGCAAAACAAUAAUCUACAUUGCAACCCAAGAAAUUAUAUAUAUAUAUAUAUUAAAGUAAGCAUGAUUUUUGCCUACUUUUUAAAGGGAAAUAUUGAAUGGCGAUAUACAUUGUUGUUAUUUGCAUUAAAAUUCCAGAAUGAAGCAAUCCAUUGGAAACUAUGUUUCUCAUGAGGGGAAAGAGCAUGGAUCAAAAAGCAAUAAGGAAAUAAUGCAGAGUAUCAGUUCAGCAUUGCUUUAUGGAAUUUGUUCGACUUCAAUGGCCUUCAUAAAUAAACUUGUCAUGACUAGUUAUAAAUUUGAUUUCCCCUUUCUUAUUAUGACUUGUCAAAUGAUGUUUUGUAUUAUCUUCAUAGAAUUCCUUCGAAUGAACAGUGCAUUUUACAUCCCAAGAUAUUCUUUAAAAUUGGUAUUUUCAGGUAAAUCAUUUCUUUGGCCAUCAAUGUUUUAUGCCUUACAUUCCAUCACUGCAUUGCAUGCUCUCAGUGGUAUGUCGAUACCAAUAUAUGUAGCUAUAAAAAGAUGUGCACCAAUAGUGACACUGUUACUAUCUAUUGUGCUCCUAAAGAAAGAACUGCCUAGUAAAAAAAUAAUUUUAGCUGUUAUUCUCAUUUCAAGUGGAUGCAUUUUAGCAGAAAUAGAAAUGUUAAUGAAAUGGCAGUGUGAUGGUUAUAUGCACUAUCUACCAAUAAGUAUUUGGACACCCAUGCAAAUGAGGAUAUCUGAGGCCCUGAUCUAUAUUACACCUUCUGCACUUAAAUAUCGUGUAAGAAACAGAAUAAGCAUUAGUUGCAUGAAAGAUUCUAUGAAAUUCAAAACUGUUCUGACUCCGAGAAUGGAGUAAUUGCCGGAUAUCAUAGAAAUAGCCGAUCCGUAAGGGAUAUAUCUAGUGAAUUAAAUAUUCCAAAAUUCACAGCGGCGUUUGUUGUGACUAAGAAGUAGAAGAUCAGUGGUGAUUGUUGGAAUGUGCUUCAGCCCGGGGGAUCCACGAAACUAAGAGAUAGAGACCGAUGAAUGCUGUCCAGAGAAAUUUGGAAAAAGCGCAUCAAACCAAUGGCCCACAUACUCCAGGAGUUCCCGCAAACAUCCCGGACUGUUAUUUCGAUAAAUAUCAUCCUCAAAGAAGCAUAUUGGCUUUGGUUUCCACAGUCGUGUUGCCACCCAUAAACUUUUGAUUGCAAAUUCCAUUUAUGUUGCUCGGUUGAGGUGGUGCAAAACAUAUCGAAAUUGGACAUAGAUGAAACAGGUUUUCUGAAGUGAUAAAUCAAGGUUCAAUCUCUACCAGUCAGAUGGCAGAGUUUGGGUUUGGCUUAUGCAUGAAGAGUGCUUUCUGCAAGAAUGCAUUUUACCUGCAGUUAAGUUUAGUGGAGGUGGAAUUAUGGUAUGGGGAUGUUUCUCAUGAUAUGGAUUGAGACCUUUAUCCCAAUUCAUAGUAAAUUCAAUACCGACUCCUACUCCACUAUUCUAAACAACAAUGUGUUUCCGUCGCUGUGACGGUUUUACGGGUUGGAUCAUUGAUAUUUCCAAGAUGACAAUGCCACUUAUCAUAUUGUGAGUUCCACCAUGAAUUGGUAUGAUGAUAAUGGAGUAAACCAACUGUACUGGUCUCCCCAGAGUCCAGACUUGAAUCCUAUAGGGAAACUGAGACAAAUUGGAUCGCCGAAUUAAGGGGUGCAGCAACUGUCCAAAAUCUGUGAAAGAAGUUAUAUGUCUUCUCCAAGCUGAGUGGAAGAAAAUACCACUAUCCAUCAGUCAAACACUUGUGGAAAGUAUGCUCCUGAGGGUUAAGGCUGUAAUUUCCUCAAGUAGAGGAUUUACCAACUACUGAAUAUGAAUAAAUUGUGUUUGUCUUUCUCUUUUA